UUUUCAUGCUGUCUGUUCUGAAUCAGUUGCCCCGCUAUAACUGCUGUGUGGUCACAUUCCUGCUUUCUUGACAGUAUUUCGUAUCCUUCGAGGCGCUUGUGAUCUAGUUGUUGCUAUAAGAACUUAGCUACGAACGGAAAUCUAACAUGCUCGACUCAGCGCCCAUCAUCGAGCUGAAAACGGCCAAGUGGUGGUUCCAGCUUGCGAACGGCGGCAAGGUUGUGCUGGUGGAUGGCGAUUUUAAAGAUUUGGGGACCGUCGCGGAUGUUGUUUCGCACGGCCAUUUUGGCUUUAUGAAGAUCCGCCUCGAAGUAGGACCUGACUGUUCGGUGCCACUCAAAGGGUUCCAGAAGGACGCAAACGACUUCUGUAAGCUGUUUGCCAAUGCGGCUUAUCAGGGCUCAAGAUCGGCAUUCCUGACUGCCUGGGGAAGAUGCUCCAAGCUGGGUAGUGAUGCAUCUUCUAAAGAUGGAGAAACGUCUUCCUCAGGAUCCGCGGAUGGACCGAGCUCCUCAGCGGCCAAAUCUACCCCACCAGAUACCUCGAUAGAGUUAGAGAGAGAUGCUAUCAAGCGGCAUCUUGUGGGCGACCACUCGAUCCCUGUACAUAAGAUGAUCGAGCCAAUGUGGAAGCGGCUAUGCCGACACGCUGACCCCGGCCAUGUGGACAGACUUGUCACAGCAUUCAAGAAUUGUCGGGAUGGCCCAUACACCAUCCUGGCUGUCCACAUAGUCGGGGUGGCGCCGGCGAAUUUUAACAGAAGAAACUUGCAGGGCUACACCUACGAGGUGAUAGGUGGCAACCACACCCGCCUCGCGCUGCAGAAGCUGCUCGCCGAAGACCCCAGUGCAGACGCGUACCGGAAUGUCAUGGCCAGGGUCUACUGUGACCUUUCCGACAGCCUUGCGAAGAGGGUAGGAAUGGAUCACAACAACAUCCAUUUUGCCCUCGAACCUUCCUCCGCAGAUCGUUUGUUCACUUUCAGGGCCGCUGCAUAUGCAGAGGCAGGGUACACAAACGAGGCUGACCUCACCACUGUUGACUUGACGCCCUCACAAAAAAAGCAGAUAGAGGAUCCGUGGAAGGAUGGCUUGGUUACGAUGCUGGCGGUUGUCCCCACAGUGAAAGCGUCAAGGAGGAGAAGGCUUGGCAACCUGUACGGCUUGGAACUUCGCCUUGCCACAGCGUCGUGCAGGGUGUGGAACAAACUGUGCGAGUUUGUAGAGAAGUGGCAGCAGGGGGGCAUCCUCAAACAGCCCAGAGGGAGCAGGAUCCUGAAAACCUGUAACCUCAAGUUCCUUGACGGGAAGGACGAGGACAAGAAGAUGGAACUACUCCAGAAACUCCUCAACGGGGAUCUGGAGUAUGGCUUCGACAAUGAGUCACAAGACAAAGGCAAGAAGAAGAAACAAAAGACAGCCAUGGAGAUGUCACGUGACAGCGCCGUAGCAGGUGCUGGUGUACCUGCACCUGUACCCGGAACCAGCAGUCCCGAGCGUGCGCCGCAAAGUGAAGAAGAUAAGGUGAGUCCCAGCAGCGCUGACACUAGUGACGGGAAAGAUGCCGUCAUUGAUAAACAGGCAGCAGAACUCCAGACCCUGCGGGCUAAGCUGGCGUCUUUGAAGGAGAGUUACAAGAAGAAGGAGAUGGAACUCAGGGCUGCACAUGACAAGCUGGAAGAGGCGAGGGCAGACACCAAAAAUCUCCAGCUGGAGAUCAAACAAAGCAGGGAGGAGCAGAAAAAAAUGCUGCUGGAGUUGGAAGGGCUCCGGGAGAACGCUGGCGACGGAGCAAUGCCCAGUGCUAGUGGUAUGCUGAAAACAACACGCAGGAAAGGCAACAAACGUAACAUAAGCGGAGACAGCCAGGACAACCAGUCAUCUGCACCGAAGUCCCGAAGGAAUGAACCCAGGAAGAACAACUACGAGGUGGAUGAGAUGAUCGCCUUCAAAGGGACGACAGAAGACAAGGACCCUGAACCCUGGUUCGGUCGUGUCGUCGUUUCCAAGCCGCUGAAGGUGAGGUGGUACGAUAAAACAGAUGACGACACGUACCAGGAAGAGGUUGACAGCGACGGGGUACCGCUCAAAGAUGAGUUUAUUUCUGCGAAGGAUGUCGUCUGCACUGUAAACUUUAAUGACGACAUGACCCUCGCACAGGAGGAGCACCUCCGGGUGUUUGGCAUGCCCCAGUUUUCUGCUAACUAGUGUGUUUUCAUUAUUUUUCAUCAUCAAUGUGUUUUGACAGGUGUUAGGGGUAUACUCGCUUUUGUUUUUUUAGUUAUAGCACGCCGUAUAUAGUUUUUUUUUCAAUCUGCAAGUUCUAUCAAGUGUUUGUACUAUGCUAUGCCUACUGUUCUAUGCCUUCUAGCAUAAUUAUUUGUCAUGUAUUUAUCUUGUAAAUGACCGAAGUACAUAAAUCAUUCUAAGUAUAAUCGGCUUACCACACAGUGUUUCAGGGCUACAAUGAGUUAGUUAGUCUUUAAAAGUAGACUAUGUCAUCUCUUUAGAUGUUUUACUUUUCAAUGCUAUGACCGUGUAUUUCACGAAUAUGACAAAGUACAUGGGUCUGUUGAUCAGUAAGUGGAAAGAUAGCUUCUUUGGUUGUUGGGAACAUUAUCUAGGAUCCAUUCAAUGAUAUUCGGCGUUUUCACACAUGAAAGAAAUCUCCAGCCAAAUUAGAUACCCAAUCAUUCUAGUCAAAUGGUAGUUUAUACACUCUAAGUACUCAAUAGUAGAGUGUUAUCCCUCGUAGGAGGGAUAUACACAUUAAAACAGGACGGAAACUAGGUUUAGAUUUGAUGUACAUCCCUCUUAUUAAUAGGCCUCUCUUGUGCGUGUUUUGGGCAUCCCUUUUCAGGGUCAACCCGCCUGCAGAAAAGGAUAGUGUAUUUUGUGUAGUGUGUUUUAAGGAGAAAUCCAGUGUGCCCUGGGUAAAGCACUGAGGAAGUACUCCCUACUGUGACCAUCCCAGCAGCUAAAGGGCUGAAUUGAAACCUACAAAUACAUAAACUAAUAAAAAUCCCAGACUGUAUACAUGCUGGAAACAAAGGCAGAGUCAGAUUAGCAUAAAGUACUGGUCCAAAAUUCAAAUAUUUUUCUCUAAUGUUUUUCAAAGAAACACUAUCAAAGCCUGUAGAAUUAUCCAGAUAGCUGUAACAAAGUUACAUAAUCAAGGUCCUAUUGAAAGAACAGCAAAUUUCAAAUUUUUGGAAAGCAACCUUGUACUCGUAUUAAAACUUUCAACUCAGCUCUAUCAACUUUGUAUGAAAGUGUCUUCUUGUAUCUACAAUGUUUGCAACUUGAAAAUAUCUUCCUUAUAACUGAAUUAGGUUUGAUAUUCAUGUGUCUACAAAUAUGGCUGUGGUAUCUAUUUGGAGGUCUAUUAACAGGGACCAUACAUGUAGUCUGUACAAGCAUGUAACUGACAGUCACGUCUCACACUACCAAAGCAAGCCAAGCAAGCAUUGUCAUAACUUUAUAUUCUGUGUACAGCAUUGACAUAUUCAGAGUAGUGUGAUUUUAUGCUAUGAUUCUUCUGUAAAUGCUGUGUAGUAUUAUUAUGUUGAUAUUGAUUGUAGAAUAAACAGUAAAAUACGAACCGAAUUUUU